AUGCAUAGAGUUUAUGAGCUCACAGAAUCUCUGGCGGCAGCAGCUCAUGCCGCUCAUUAUCCGAUUUGCUUGUCAAAGCCGCUGCCACUGCCACUGCUCGUGACUGAAGCCUCCAGCGACUACCGCAGCGCCGGCAAGAUCGUCGAGCUUCCGAUUCCAAAGGCCAGUGCUGGCCACGUCCUCGUCAAGAACACGGCUGCCUGUGUGGCUGCCUACGACGUGCUCGUGCUCGAGAACCGCUUCGUGCAGCAGCAGGAAUUUCCGUUCACUCGAAGCUGGUGCAUCAUACAAAUUGGCGAAGGCGUCGACUCUGUUGCAGUCGGCGAAAGCGUCACGUACAUCGCCCCUGGUGCCUUUGCCGAGUACGCAGUCGUCCCAGUCGAAGCAGUGGUCAAGGUCCCGCCCAGUGCAGCGGAGACCAUGUCGUUCACGUCCGCCGUGUGGGCCCUGGCGUCGCUGGAAGAAGCGGGUGAGAUGAAGUCUGGGGGUGAGACGGUCUUCGUGACCGCAUCCGCUGGAGGCACCGGCCAAUACGUUGCCAAGCUCUCCAAGAACGCUGGCAACACGGUCAUCGGCAUGACGAGCUCCGACCGGAAGGCAGAUUUCCUGAGGGGUCUUGGAUGCGAUCGGGUCAUCAAUUACUCAGUGGAAUGUGCUGAGUAA